AUGCCUCGUAAGGCCUCGUCGACCUCAGAUUCGAGCCUGAAAUGGCGCAAGCGGAAGCGCAACCCCGACACGUCCCCGUCCAAGCCCUCCACGGUGGCGGCCGACCACUCCUCCAACUCUGACUCCGCCGACGAGGCCGCCGCCGCCAUCCACGGCGUGGCGGGGGAUGGGGCAGCCGGCGACGACGACGAUGCUCCCGCGGCGUCCAAAGACACCGCGCUCGCCCUCCAUGAGGCCGAGGUGCUGCCCUCGGCCGAGGCCAUCUCUGUGUUCCCCGCCACCAAGCGCCGCGUGGUCAACCGGCCGCAUCCGUCCGUCCUCGCGCUGCUCGAGGCCGAGCGAUCCGCUUCUUUCGGCGAUGUCCCGACCGUGGCACCGCCGGCGCUAGAGAACAUCUCGCACGGGCAGCUGCAGGUGCUGUCCGGGGUGCUUCCGGACCACCCGUCCCUUGCUACAGACCCCGACAAGCCGUCAUUGCUGGAAAGGCAGGUAGUGCCACAUUUCUUUACAGGCAAGUCUCCAGGGCACACUCUGGAGAAGUAUGUCAUGUUAAGGAAUAAAGUCAUUGCCAAAUACUUAGAGAACCCAACCAAGAGGCUUGCUUUUGCUGAGUGCCAGGGGCUUGUUGGGAGCACAGCUGAACUGUAUGAUCUGAGUAGGAUUGUUAGGUUCUUGGACACUUGGGGCAUCAUCAAUUACCUCGCGGCUGGGUCUGUGCACCGUGGCCUGAGGAUGGCAACUUCGCUUCUAAGAGAGGAACCUACAGGGGAACUGCAGUUGCUUACAGCGCCAUUGAAAUCAAUCGAUGGUCUAAUUUUGUUUGACCGGCCAAAAUGCAGCCUCCCAGCGGAGGACAUUUCUUCUAUGGCAGCGUCUUCGUCUAACUCGGAGGCUGUGGAUUUUGAUGCUGCAUUUGCAGACUUGGAUGCAAAGAUCAGGGAGCGUUUGUCUGAGAGCUCUUGCAGUUAUUGCUUACAGCCUUUGCCAAGUUUACAUUACCGGUCACAAAAGGAGGUGCGCUUCUUUGUAACAUCCAUUUUACAUGUUUUAUGUUAA